AUGGCUACAAUAACAUCAACGAAUCAAUAUUCUCUUCAUCAUCAUCAUCAUCAUCAUCAUUUACAUCCCUUGAGCCCACAAUCGGUUUUAACAAUUCAAAAUGCGGCUAUUGUUGCGCAAACAGGUGUUUCUCCUGCCACAGUCUACGAUACAACACCACCCUAUCAUUUCUAUGGCUCAUCUACGUCAAAAGAACUAUACAGUACUUCAAAUGAAAUUAAAUGGAAUCACCAUCCUCAUCAUCAACAAUCGUACCUAAUUCAAGAUUCAAAUAGUCCACCUUUACCAUCUACAAAUAAAACGCCGACACCAGGCGCGAGUAAUACACCGAGUCCUCCACAAUCACCAACAUGGCAAUAUCAGCAACAACAAUCGGGUGUCAUUAUGCAGAAUAAAAAUAAAGAUGGAACUCCCACACAAAAUGGAUACAUCCGCAAUUUACCACCACAACCUCAAAAUGGUUUUCUUCCACCAUGGCCACUACCGACCAACAACAGUUUUAAUCAUCCAUAUUUUCAUGUUGCCAUGGCACAUCAUCAUCAACAUCCAUCUCAUAUACAUCAACUCCAACAACAACAACAAUCACAUCCAGGUGGUCAACAGUAUAUAAAUCCCAAUGAUUCUUUGGUUUCGGGUAUCAUGAGUGGCAGUGGUGGUAGUCGAGAUGAUGAAUGUCAGAGCGAAGAAGAACUAAUUGAUAAUAAUGAUUUAGACCGUUUUGCUAAACAAUUCAAACAACGACGAAUCAAACUGGGUUAUACACAAGCGGAUGUGGGUCUAGCUCUUGGCAAUCUAUAUGGUAACGUCUUCAGUCAAACUACCAUUUGUCGUUUUGAAGCCCUCCAAUUAAGUUUCAAAAAUAUGUGUAAAUUGAAACCAUUACUUCAAAAAUGGCUCGAAGAUUCUGAAUCCCAAACGGGUACGUCAAAUUCGAUGGAAAAAAUCGCGGCUAGUGGACGUAAACGAAAAAAGCGUACAUCGAUCGAAGUAUCAAUUAAACAAGCAUUAGAAAUUAACUUUUCUCGAAAUCCAAAACCCGCUGCACAAGACAUUGUCUCAUUGGCCGAUCAACUGGGUUUGGAAAAAGAAGUUGUACGUGUUUGGUUUUGUAAUCGACGACAAAAAGAAAAACGUGUUACACCACCAAUUGGUGGUCAGAAAAAUGGGAAUGAUGAACAAACAACAACAGAUAUGUUUGGAUUUCAAGAGGGAAGAACAGUGAACGGACGAUCAGAGGAGACUGAAACAUCACCGUUACUCGAUCAUAUGAGUAUGAAUAAUUUUCACGCACGUGCUCAUCAUCACUCACAGCAACCGCAUAUUUUACAUCACCAUCCGCAACAGUUUAAACAGCGACUAUCGCCAAGUCCUAACGUAAAUGAUUCAACAACGCUUUAUGGGGGAAGAUUAUUUUUGGUUGAUUAA